UUGUGUAAGUAACGUGUUAUUGAGUCUCGUUGUUUAUAUCUGGUAUAUCAUUUAUUAUAUUUUUUUAUAUAUUUAUAUAUGCAAAUAAAUCAAUAUGGUGAAGGAACAGUUCAGAGAGACUGAUGUUGCAAUGAAAAUAAGUCACCUGUGCUUUGGAAUUCAUAGUGCAAAUGAUAUUAGACAAGCAGCACAAAUACAAUGUAUUAGUAAAAAUUUAUAUAUUCAAGACAGUAUUCAUAAGCCAGUAACUUAUGGAGUUCUUGAUAAUCAUAUGGGAACAAGUCAGAAAGAUCAAAAGUGUGAAACAUGUGGCAAAAAUUUAGCAGAAUGUAUUGGACAUUAUGGAUACAUUGAUCUUGAACUUCCAGUGUUUCAUGUGGGCUAUUUUCGUGCAACUAUGAAUAUUUUGCAAUCAAUAUGCAAAGAAAUGCUAAAUCCAAUAGUAGUAUUAAAACUGUUUCAAAGGAUAACAGAUCAGGAUAUCCCUUUAUUGUUAAUGAAUCCUGAAAGUGGCCGGCCAGAAGAUUUAAUUUUAACAAGGAUCUCUGUUCCUCCUUUAUGUAUUAGACCGUCUGUAACUUCAGAUCUGAAAUCUGGCACGAAUGAAGAUGAUUUAACAAUGAAAUUGACAGAAAUUAUUUUUUUAAAUGAUGUUAUUCAAAAACAUAGAACUUCUGGAGCAAAAGUGCAANGUCAAGUUAAAAAAUGUGCACUUUUGAAGAUAGUGCAUGAAAGAUUCAAAAAUACAAAGAAAUCGGAUCAAGUUAUAUCAGAAUUUAUUGCAGAAUUCAAUGAAGCAAUUGAACAUAAUAAAGAAUUAGAAAAUUUUAUAAAUAAAGGAACUCAAGAAAUGCUAAAUCCAAUAGUAGUAUUAAAACUGUUUCAAAGGAUAACAGAUCAGGAUAUCCCUUUAUUGUUAAUGAAUCCUGAAAGUGGCCGGCCAGAAGAUUUAAUUUUAACAAGGAUCUCUGUUCCUCCUUUAUGUAUUAGACCGUCUGUAACUUCAGAUCUGAAAUCUGGCACGAAUGAAGAUGAUUUAACAAUGAAAUUGACAGAAAUUAUUUUUUUAAAUGAUGUUAUUCAAAAACAUAGAACUUCUGGAGCAAAAGUGCAAAUGAUUAUGGAAGCAUGGGAUUUUCUUCAGUUACAAUGUGCUUUAUAUAUAAAUAGUGAAACUUCUGGAAUACCUUUAAAUAUGCAGCCAAAGAAACCUACUAGAGGCUUUGUUCAAAGAUUAAAAGGCAAGCAUGGAAGAUUUAGAGGAAAUUUAUCAGGGAAGCGAGUAGAUUUUUCAGGUAGAACAGUUAUUUCACCUGACCCAAAUCUACGAAUUGAUCAAGUUGGAGUUCCUGAACAUGUUGCAAAAAUAUUGACUUAUCCAGAGAGAGUAACAAAAGCCAAUAUCCAAUUAAUGAAAAAGCUAAUAUUGAAUGGUUGUGAUAUUCAUCCUGGUGCAAAUUUUAUAGAACAACGUGGUACAAACAUGAAAAGGUUAAGUUAAUGUAUUCUUAUUUAUUUGCUUUGUCAUUUUAGAUUUACAAGAGUCUAUAUGGGAAAUCAUGAACUGUUCUUAUUGAAAUAUUAUGAGAAAUCAAUGAACAAGAUAACAUCAAUUAAUAGAUUUUAGUAUAUUUAUUAUUUGAUCUUGUAAUUCAUAAAUAACAUCUCCAGUUUAUUGAUUUUCUC